GAACACUAUUUGAAACCCCCAUGCCCGCAGCACCCUUUGUCAGCUGGGUCCUGGAAACAGCGGAACGAAAGGCAGACGGUUUUGUGUUGCUGGGGCGGACGUGGGGCCAAUCUGUCCGUCCUUGCAAGUUUCCCCCAAGGUUGGGACUUAGACGUGCGGCAGAUUCAUGUUCUCUGGCAACAUAGUGGUCGUCGCUGGCCCGAGUUAGAAGCCAACUGAGAAUUAUUCGUGCCUCAGAUUUGUUGACCUACAGAAUGCUUCGAUACCCAUAUUUUUGUAGAAUCUAUAAAGAAUUUCUUUCAUGCUGGUUGGAAUCUGGCAUAUUUAAUUUAGGUGUCUGGCCAAAAAAAAUACACGAUACAGCACAAAGAUAUAGUGAAUAUGAAGCCCAGGAGCAAACAGAUCAAACUGGAACUCAGGAGAUACACAGAUCUCAAGAUAGAGAUUUCGAAGCCAUGACUAAAUUACAUAUUCCGGUAAUGGUGGAUGAAGUUGUUCGUUGUUUGGCACCACAAAAAGGCCAGACUUUUCUAGAUAUGACAUUUGGUUCAGGAGGACAUACAAGAGCCAUUCUACAGAAGGAGUCAGAUAUUACUCUGUAUGCCUUAGACAGAGACCCAACAGCUUAUGCAAUAGCUGAACAGCUUUCAGAAUUGUAUCCUAAACAGAUCCGAGCUAUGCUAGGCCAGUUCAGCCAGGCAGAAGCCUUAUUAAUGAAAGCUGGAGUGCAGCCAGGGACUUUGGAUGGAGUUCUUUUGGAUCUUGGGUGUUCCUCCAUGCAACUUGAUGCUCCUGAAAGAGGUUUUUCCCUCCGGAAGGACGGCCCCUUGGACAUGAGAAUGGAUGGUGGCAGGUACCCUGACAUGCCCACCGCAGCUGAUGUUGUGAACGCUUUAGAUCAACAGGCACUUGCAUCCAUCCUGAGAACAUACGGGGAGGAGAAGCAUGCCAAGAAAAUCGCUUCAGCAAUCGUUCAGGCACGCAGCCUUUACCCCAUCUCCAGAACCCAGCAGCUUGCCAGCAUCGUUGCAGGUGCAUUUCCUCCAUCUGCUGUUUUUGCACGGAAAGACUUGCUACAACGAUCUACCCAUAUUGCUACCAAGACUUUCCAAGCUUUUCGAAUAUUUGUGAACAAUGAACUCAAUGAACUUUACACAGGACUGAAGACAGCUCAGAAGUUUCUGAGACCUGGUGGCCGCCUUGUUACCCUCUCCUUCCAUUCAUUAGAGGAUCGCAUUGUCAAACGAUUCCUGCUUGGGAUAAGCAUGACAGAAAGGUUUAACCUAAGUGCUAGACAGAAAGUGAAACAAGGAUCGCAACUGGGUUCAGGUCAUGAAAACAAGGAAGGAGGCUCUAUAGGCAGGGCCCCUUUAAUGUGGGAACUGAUACACAAAAAAGUACUUACUCCAGAAGAUCAGGAUGUACAGGAUAACCCCAGAGCACGCUCAGCCAAGCUUAGAGCAGCCAUCAAAUUAUGAGAAAGAAAGUUUUCAUCAUUUGAUCCUUCAAGUUUUCCCUUCACAGUUUGUCUUUUUUUUCAUGUGAUAUUACUUGAUCAACUUAAUAUAAGAAAGUAUGAGAUAUAUCUAUCUAUCUAAAGAGAUGUACUAUAUAUGUGUGGAAAUUGAGGGUAUUUACCAUUUUUUUCCUCAGAAAGAAAAUGUCAGAAAUAUUAGCAUGACACAGAAAGUUCAAGGAGCAGCAGCAUCUCAAAACUGGAAAAAUGUGUUUAUCUGAGCAUUAUAUUUAACUUCUGAAAUGCAGUCCUUUCUCUAAUCAGGAAAUCUUUUAAAAAGAAGAAGAGUACUAUGUGUAUUUAUCUAAAUAUGUAAGCUCAAGCUGUCAAAAGAGAGAGAUUAUAAUUGUAUCUGCAUGCUCUAAAUUCUGAAUUUAGAUAUUCAAAUUUGCAACAGCUUUCUGUGGAUCAAAUAAUUAAUGAUCAUGGAAGAAAUUUUAAUUUCUAUUUGGGAAUAAUUUAGUAGUACUAUAGUCUUCUUAAAUAUAAGUAUUAUGCAAAUUUUAAAUUUUCAAGUAUUUUUAAAAUGCAUCAUACUGUUAAAUGUCACUUUUGAAAUUAUAGUGUUCAUUGUUUCAAAGGGAUUUUAUAAUAUGAUAUAUGCCAUUUUAUCACAUUGCAAAGUAAAAAUGUAGAAUUGCUCUAAUAGCUAUCAUAGAGAAUGUUUCAUGAAACUUAUAUUUAAUAAGUAAAUUAUGUUUAUUUUAAUAAUAUCCCAGAAUGCCUUUGAUGCAUAAUAAAAUCUGUCAUCAUUUGAAUCCUGCAUUUUUUAAUUGAGCUAUUCAAAAUAAUUCAACCAAGUCUAUUUGAAAUAGAAAAGUAUAUGAAAAAGAUAUUAAAAUGAUUGUGCCCCUAAUGUUUUUACCUAUCCAAAAGUAACUAUAAUAGUAAAAUGUUUAUUUAGGAGACAUUCGCUUGGUAAAGGAUUCUUUAACAUAUUGAGAUUGAUUCAUGAUUCACAUAUCAACUUUUUAUAUGUAAAUAUACAUUUCUAAUUUUUUCAGUUAUUCAGCAAGUACUAACUAGGCAGAGAAACAAAGGUGAAUAAAAUACACAUACCUUACAGUACUUGUCCUAUGGAGUUUAAGUCUAGUGAAGAAGAGUAAUGGUAGUUAAAUAAUCACAAAAAUUAAUAUAAAAUUAACGCAGUGGUAAAAGCUACAAAGAAGCAAUACUGGGUACUGCAAGAACAUCUAGUAGGGAUUUCACUUACUGAAGGAAAAUGGGUCUGACCUUGUGAUGCUUGAAUUAUGACUUGAAGGAUGAAUAAGAGAUAUAAUUAGUCAAAGGGUACAUUGCCAUGUUGAUAAAAGGUACAUAUAAAUGAUGGCUUUCUUAAGUGAUUAUCCCUAAAAUCAUAUUUAUACUAUUAAUAUGCUUAGUAAACUAUUCAAAUAUAGGAAAAAUUCAUCUUCUCAAUCAUGUUGACAGAUGCUGAAUUGGUGAGUACAAGUGAAUAAAAUAUCAACAUAAGUAUUGGCAAAGGAUAAGAAUGAAAUACUCGAAUUCACUGUAGAUUUACUUUAUCUAUCUCUGUAAUAUUUAAGUUCUCAAGCUUGUUUGCCACUUUAUAGGUUUUAUUCAAAUCUGGGCAAUUAUGCAGUGGAAUUAAUUUCUAAUUGUGCAGAAUUAGAAAAUAUUGUAGGGAGCAGUGUCCUCAAAUUAGAAAAAAAUGAAUGUACCUACCUUGUUCCUCUGAAUCUUUCCUGAAAAAAUGUUUGUUUCUCUUGCAUAUAAGUCAUAAUUGUGAAUGAGAAAGAUUCCCAAAGGUACGUUCCCAUCCAAGUAUCUGGUUAGAAAAUAAGAGAUCACACUGUUAUAUUCAACAAUGAUUUACCUAUUUCAUCUGUCAUUUUUGGAUCCUGUAUAGUAUGGGGAUUUUUUCUUUAAUGUUAAAUGGAAAGUGACUGCACCAGGUUGAAUAGUAUUUCCCCCCAAAAAAUUCAUGUCCUUCUCAGAAGGACAUAUGAUCACUACAGAUGUAGGUAGUUCAGCUGAAGUCAUACCGGAGCAAAGCAGGCCCUUAAUCCAAUAUGUGUGGUGACCUUAUAAGAAGAGAAGAGAGGGCCGCCUGGGUGGCUCAGUC